UUUUUUUUUUUUUCAUUUUUUUCGUAAAAUCAAUUCAACCAACACAAGUUUAUUGAUCUGCCGAUCGAUGACCAUUACAGGUUUCUGGAAUGGAAUUCUUCAGAAAAGCCAAAUCCGUCAGGCUCAAGAGCCACCACGACAAAUACCUAACGGCGGACCCUGACGAGGACACCGUCGUCCAGGGUCGAUUAGGCACCUCGAUCUCCGCCAAGUGGGCGGUCGAAUUUGUAGACGGCGUCGAGAACGUGGUCCGGCUGAAGAGUCGGUACGGGAAAUAUCUCACGGCUUGCGACGAGGAGUUCCUGUUGGGGGUAACCGGCCGGAAGGUCGUCCAGAGCCUACCGAGGAAGCUGGACUCGUCUGUCGAGUGGGAGCCUGUUAGGGACGGGAUGCAGGUGAAGCUGAAAUCGAGGUACGGCAAUUUCCUGCGGGCCAACGGAGGUCUGCCGCCAUGGAGAAACUCGAUUACCCACGAUAUUCCUCAUAGGCACCACGAUUGGGUUUUGUGGGAGGUUGAUGUCGUUGAGGUCCGGCCUGAGUCACCACCUAGGGUUUUGCGAUCAGAUUCUUUGGAUGAGGAUUUGGGUUCUGCUUCCUUUCAUAUUCGUAUCCCAAGCGUGUCUAGUGGUUCAUUUGAAGACUCGCCAAAGAAAUCAGAGGGCAGGUUAAUAUACUAUUACGUGGUGGAUGAAGAUGGGGAAGUCAAUGAUGAGAUUGAGGAACGUUCAUUCCAGUUUAAAGGGCAUUGCUUGGAGGAGCUGACUGACAGGUUGGAGGAUGAAACCGGGCUUGAGGAUAUAAUCAUUUGCUCGAGAAACAUUGUGAAUGGAAAGCUUUAUCCACUCCGGCUGGCUUUACCUCCCAACAACAACACCAUGCAUGUUGUCGUGGUCCCACCAACUUCGAAAGCUGCAAAUGAAUUCCUGCCAGCAGCUCCUACUUCUCCAUGAAUUAUGCCUUCAUCUUCAGCAAACUUGAGGCAAUAUCCAAAUUCAAAUGAGUGAUCAACAAACAAUACUUCGGUUUUCCAAGCAUGAGUGUAUUUGGUAACUUUUACUGCCCAACAAUAAUGAUUUGCCUUUCAUCAAGAAUCAUUCCAGUAUAAUUUGAAACUAGAUGAUGUGAUUUUUGUGUAAAAAAGUUGCCCCAUUUUUUAUUCAGAGCUGUAUAUUAUUAUUCACUUUUAUGCCUAGUUUCUUUUUGGGCAACAACUAAAUACACGUUGGAUUCAUGGAAGUCAUGAAACCGGGCAAAUUCUUCUGUCCAAAAUUGUACAUUGUACGUCUCAUGUGUCUACGUUUCAUGUGACUAUUACUAGCCUUAAUGCAUAAUAAGAGCGCACGAUUUAUAGAUAUUAUGGCUAAUCUACUUGGAACACUCUUGGUGCCA